AUCUAUGCCGCAGAGAGUUAGCUACGUUGUUGCCAGUCCAGCAACGAGGAAAAGUUCACACUUUAGCCUGUUUUACCUUACUAAUGUUUGCACGUCCCUGAAGUUGGUGAAAGUUGUAACACGUGGCACACUAAGAUUAUCAAUCCUCCCUGCAAAAAUUCAAACUAUUCAUCUCCCGUGAUUAUGGCUCUCCAUAAUCUCUUCUGUUUGGUCAUGCUCACAGUAGCAGCGGCCACUGCUGAUACGUAUACUGAAAAGUUCGUUUCCAUGAAUCUGUUGACAGCUUAUGGAUACCCAGAUUUGUCCCAAGCAAUGAAGGGCUCGGGGAAUGCGGGAUACAUCACCAUUCCUAAGCAACAUACGCUUCUGCAUGAGAGUCGUGAUCUCCCUUCAACGGAAAAGUGGGGGGCGCAGGCAUCCCGUCUACUUGAAGGCAGCGAAUACAGGUACUCAGAGGUACUGCAGGUACCUAUAGAUGCUGAGCACGCCGUUACUGUGGGUCCUAUCAUGCGGAGGUUGGUGGUGGGUUCGUCAGACCUACCCACAAGCUCCAGUCUCAUGUCCCAUUUUUCUCCCUCUCCAACGACUCCUUCCACCCACUUGUCGAAAAUUGCAGAGCGCUUGCCUCACCAUGCCGUGAGUACGGGGGGAUGGCACACCCUCCAUUUGCUACGUCCGCAGUACAUAGGUGAUUAUCGAGGACCGCUGGCUGCUGCGUACUCCAAUAUGUUUCGGAGAAAGUCCCCUGUAGAGCGGUCCCGUAUCUGGGAGAGCCAAGGAGAAAAUACGGUCCCUCUCAAAAAUGUGCUUGGCCGUCGGUCUACUGUAGGGGCCUGGCGCACGGCAGAAGGAAAUUCAUUGGGGCAACCACCAGUUCCAUUCAAGCGACAGGAUGUAUGGCGUUCUUCUCUAGAGCACACGCCACUGAAACACGUUCUGAAGCGCUGGCCGAAUUGACACGGGGUGACUGUGCUGGAUUACUCCCAACAUGGCAGCUUGCACGCAGUUGGGAUGUGGAGGACUUUGUCUUCUGCAGAUAUGGUCUGUAUAUUAUGGAGUUGAUGUCACUCAUGAAUGCUCGUUACAAUGUUGUGAGACUUUGUUGUGCUCUCCAGUUGACAAACGCGAAGCAGCAAGAUCCAUCUGUUUACAAGCCUUCACAGGCUUUAUGGUUGAAGCAUUCGACUCUAAAGUAUGACAUCCGUCCCCUUUUUCAUGCAUUCCAUGUCAUAAACUGAUGUUUUAAUGAUUGGUUGCGUCUUCAGAACACUACAAACUUGUCAAGACCACACGCCUACACGGUGACAGACACCGUAAUAAAUUA